UGGUUCCUCCUUCACUCACAUUCUCUCCAAGCCUAUGAGCUGGCGAGGGCCCUUCCUUACUACACACCCUGCGGGGCUUUAAAAAGGGAGGUCUCACUCUCUAUGCGCUUCUGCCUUUUUGGUUUUGCCAAUCUCUUCUGAAAACCAGUUGUCUCCAGCCUCUUCAGCCUCCAGGUCACAUCACACCAGGGAUGCAGACACCACAUCGCUGGCCCCAGAAUCUCCCAUUCAUUCUUCUGGGAACUAUGUUGCUGGCAGGAGAUUGGGCUGCUGUGGAGAGCCAAGUCCUGUAUGAACAUGAAAGAGAACCAGCUUACUGGGAUGCCCAGGCGAAGGCGACACUGGAUGCUGCGUUGAAACUCCGCCCUCGGGAGCACCAGGCCAAAAACGUCAUCUUGUUCCUCGGAGAUGGGAUGGGAGUGUCCACUGUGUCAGCGGCUCGGAUUCUGGAAGGUCAAAUGGAAGGCAAUGCAGGCGAGGAGACGGUACUGGCCAUGGACACCUUUCCAUAUGUGGCACUCUCUAAGACCUACAGUGUAGACAAGCAGGUGGCAGACAGUGCUAGCACAGCUACAGCCUACCAUUGUGGAGUGAAAGCCAACGCCAAAACUGUUGGACUGAGCGGCAAUGCAGUGGCCUAUGAAUGUAACACCACCUUUGGCAACGAGGUCUACUCCGUACUGCGACGCGCAAAAGCCAAAGGUAAAUCAGUUGGGAUUGUGACUACCACUCGCGUCCAGCAUGCAUCACCAGCUGCUGCCUAUGCCCACUCAGUCAGCCGCAGCUGGUACAGUGAUGCGGAUCUUCCCAGUAGUGCACGUCAUCAAGGGUGUGUGGACAUCGCCACCCAACUUGUUACCAACGUUGACAUUGACGUGAUCCUGGGAGGAGGGCGGAUGUACAUGACACCAAAAGGCACUUCGGACCCUGAGUAUCCAACCUCCAACUCUCGCAAGGGGGACCGUAAAGACCGGAGGAACCUUAUAGACGUCUGGUUGAAUGCUAAACCUAACAAGAAUUCCCACUAUGUUUGGCACAGGAAGGAGUUUGAUGAAAUAAACAUUAGAACUACUGACCGGCUCAUGGGUCUGUUUGAGCCAAAGGAUAUGCGAUUUGAGGUUUUCCGAAAUACCACCCGUGACCCCUCUAUUGUAGAGAUGACAGAGAAAGCCAUUCAAAUCCUGAGCAAGAAUCCAAAAGGCUAUUUUCUUUUUGUGGAAGGAGGGAGAAUCGAUCAUGGACACCACGAUGGCAUAGCCAAACUUGCACUGACAGAGGCUGUGAUGUUUGACCGAGCAAUUGAACGAGCUUCGCAGCUCACCAGAGAAUCUGAUACAUUGACUGUUGUCACGGCUGACCACUCUCAUGUCUUCACUUUUGGCGGCAACACACCCCGCGGAAAUCCAAUCUUUGGGCUAGCACCAAAAAAAGCAGAUGACCAAAUGCCUUUCACCAGCAUCCUGUACGCAAAUGGGCCUGGUUAUGUGCAUAUAAAUGGAACCAGAGGGAACAUCACGAUGGUGGAUUACUAUGACGAGGAGUACAUGCAGCAGGCGGCUGUCCCACUUGAUGCUGAAACACAUGGUGGCGAGGAUGUCGCCAUUUAUGCCAAAGGCCCCAUGGCUCACCUGUUCCAUGGGGUGAAAGAACAGAACUAUGUGGCUCAUGUUAUGGCCUAUGCUGCCUGUUUGGAACCCUACAAAGACUGUCCCCCUCAACCUCAUUCUCACACAUCUGCUGCAUGUGUGAGCACACCCUCAAACCUAAUGUUUGGAUUAAUCAGCCUCCUCUGGCUGUCCAGAUGACAUCAACACACAAAGACACAUGCAUCAGUUCAUACGUCUAUAAUAAUGCAAGUACCUGGCAUGCUUGCAACAGACACAUUAGGCAAUAAUUAAAGUAAAUGUGUAUAGAUCCAUCUUAUUUUAAAAUUCAAGCAACUAUUUUAUUGCAAGCAAUAUUGUCAUAUUAUGUUGGCAACAAAAAUGUGCUAGUCAGGUUUCUGUCCUUCUCUCAUCACUCAGAUUUUUUACACAUCAAUCUGAGGCUGACACACCAAGAAUAACUUGAAGGCAACAAGGAGGCUGAAGGAUCACUGUUCAGUUUGUUGAUGCACAUGUUGACACUGAAUGGAGCACUGGACUCUGAACCAGGAGCCAUCUUGCCAUGCCAAGCUGGAACCCCAAUAGACCUUAAGAAUUUAAAAUGGUACUGUAUGUCUUUCCAGGUUUUUAGGAUUAUUAUUUUUUCUUUAAUGUAAUGGUGUCAAAUCUGGACCUCGUUGGCACCACAGUUAAUUUUUUUUGUUUGUCCAAGUUGCUGUUACUAAUCUAUUUUAAUUUUCCAUGAAUGUAUUUUAUAUGCAAAAUGUAUUUUUAUACACUUUUUUUGCAGAAUGUUUGAUAUAAAAAUAAACAGUAUUAA